AUGGCUCUUCAGGUCUUCAUUACUGGUGCCACCGGUUAUAUCGGCGGAGACUGGCUUUUCAUCGCCGCCAACGCCCACCCCGAUUGGGAGCUCUCGGCUCUCGUCCGUAGCAAAGACAAGGCUGCUGUGCUCUCCAGCCAGUACCCCAAGAUCCGCGUCGUAUAUGGUGAUCUAGACUCCUACGACCUUCUUGAGGAGGAAGUGAGAAAGGCAGAUAUCGUCUUCCACUUCGCUGAUUGCGACCAUGUUCCUGCUGCAGAGGCCAUCGCUAGAGGGGCCAAGCAUCACACUCCUGAGCGUCCCCUCUGGCUAAUUCAUACCUCAGGAACUGGUAUAUUGACUAUAGAAGACCAACACGCAUAUACAUACGGUAUCGAGCGCCCAAAGGUGUAUAACGACUGGGAGGGCAUCAACGAACUUAUGAGCUUCCCUUCGGAAGCAUCCCACCGUGACGUGGACGAAGUAAUAAUCAAAGCGGGUAAAGAUACGCCUACUUGUGUUCGCACUGCCAUCGUCUGUCCCCCAACAAUCUACGGGCUAGGCCGUGGACCCGUCGGAAAGAGAAGUAUUCAGGUGCCUAUUCUCGUCGCCGCCGUACUCAAGCGCGGCAAAGGCUUCACGGUCGGAAACGGUGAAAAUAUUUGGCAUCAAGUUCAUGUGUCUGAUCUAAGCGACCUCUACCUACUUCUAGGUGAGGCUGCUGCCGAGGGUGGCGGUAAGGCUACGUGGAACGAUGGGGGGUACUACCUUGCUGAAAAUGGCUCCUUCGUUUGGGGUGACAUAUGUCGUGCGGUAGCGCAAGCUGCUUUUGAUCAAAAGUAUAUCAAGUCUCCUGAGGUCGAGUCGUUGGAUGGUAAGCAAACAACGGAGAUCUUGGACAUGGGUCGGAUUGCAUGGGGUUCGAACUCUCGUGGCCAUGCUAUUCGUGCAAGGAAGCUGCUUGGUUGGGAGCCUAACCAGCCGAAGCUGAUUGAGCUGCUCCCGCAUCUUGUUGCGCUUGAGGCAAAGGACAUUGGGCUGUAA